UUUUCAUUAUUUUUUUUAUCUGGGUUGAUGAUUUUUGGGGAAAUUUGAUUGUUAUUUUUUUCUGGGUAUGAUGACAUUUUAGUUUUAUGAAAUGGGGUGUGAUUUUUUUAAUUUGUUAUUAAUUUUAAAUUUAUCUGGGGUAAAAUUGCGAUUAUGUGGUUCUGGGUUUGUGUUUUAGACCUAGGAUUGAUAAUGUUCAUUGUUAUUGCUACUUAAUUUUUUAAAUUUGCCAGUUUAUAGGAAAAGUCGUUGUGAUUUAAUGAUUUUGGCCUGAAGUAGUAAGUAGUUGAUGGAGUUAUGAAGUGACAUACACAUACUUAUAUUAAGAUCAUAGUAGAUGGUUAAUCUUCUAUAGUUGGCCUAUUUGAAUUGGUUAAAGUUGGGCAAAUUCCAGUUGGAUCAGCCAAUCUUGAGAUGGGGUAGAAGAAUAUGUUUUUAAUGAUUUGGAAAGUAUAGGGGUUAAAGUCUUCAGGAGGUAGAGAAGUCCCUGGCUUUGAUUCACACCCGGCUGCCUCAUUAGGGUGUUUUUAUUUCUCUAAAGAAAUUACCAUGGUAGAGAUUGUUGGUGGAACUUUUGAAUUUUGAUGGUAAUGUCAAGAAAAUUUUGUUUAGUUGCUUUUGGAUGGGAUCAAGACUAGUAGAGAUGCUGAUCUAUAGCCUUAUAGGAUACAUAUGAAACAUAUUGAGUCUAAUAGGAGAAUGUGGUUGGCACGUCAAUUUAGCAUGCUACAAUGAUAAGUUAUUCCAUUGCUAGUAUGGGGUGUAAUGUUUACAAUGGAGUUUGCCUUAGUGACUUGUAAACUAAAUCAGCUUUUGACAAUACUAAUGUUCUCCCAAAGUUCGUUGCUGGGGUGGUAGAUUGGUAGCUUACAAUUUUCUGCUGAAAAAAUCAGAUCAGACAUGUGGCACUUCCAAUGUAUAGGUGAAUAUAAAGUUUGUUUGUGGCUUAGUGACCUAUUGAUGCUUUAGAAGGGCGAGAAAUUAGCUAUGAAUGCAGCACAUUGGUGCAGGUAGCUCUGGUGCAUGAAAUGUUGAAGGUUUUCAUUGAUUUGAAUAACUUGAAGAGGUUAUUAUAUAUGUUUAUGAGUCAUCAUAAGUCUUGGUGCAUAUCUAUGUUUGUCUUGUGGUGUAUGUAAGUUGGGUAUUGGGUUUUACAAACAAGAUAGAUGUUUUCAUUGGUGUGAGAGUGAAGAUGUUGAGGAAAAAGUAAUCCUAUGCCAGUGUAGAUUGUAGAGAGUGAGAACAACGAAAAAUACUUAAUUAGGGCCAACCCUUGUGUUUGCGAGCAGCUAUUCUUAUUAAGAAGGUUCCUUACCUGAAUGUUAGUGCUGAUUUAUGUUUGCAAUCUUGCUCAUUCAUUCUUAUAAUGUCGAUUAGGCCUCAUAAUUCUAUCUUCUUGACCUUUUUGUGAGGGGGUAUAGGUGUCUUCCAGGAUAUGGCCUGUGAACAAUUAACACUGAUUGCUGAUAUCCGAUAUUUUCUUUUGCGAUACACUUAUCUAUAGGUAAUAGAAUGUAUAUAUCUUUGUAGGUUGUGGCUAUUACUUCUCUCCUUAAGUGUAGUGAAGCUGCUUCAGCAUUUUACUAAACUAAACUGAUGGUUUCAUCAGUGUUCUGGAGUAUAGUUAUCAAGCUUUUACUCUCUGUCUGUCACUCUGUCUUCCACUUAGACACAUGACAGAAUGGUGAACUAUGUUCUCACAGGAAUAUUGUGUUUAAGGGUCGGAAAAUGGAGCAAACUCUAAUCCCUCUUCCCUUCUGUCAGUUUUAUGUGACCUUUUGUUUCCCCUUUUUCUUUAUUUUUUUUGGGGGGGGGGGGGUGGUGAUGUGGUAGUGCUGUUGGGGCCUGGAAUUUCUGCGGCAAUGCUGCUGAAUCUUCCUUGUUGUUUUUAAUGAUUGGCUUUUGUCCUUGAAAAUUGUCCAAUGCAGGGUUUUAGAUCCUUUGUGUGGACAGCAGUUUCUUAUCAUCUAAAGGACGAUCUGAAGCUGUCUCCCUCAGCAUCCCAGUUUGUAACCUCGAAUUAUAUCAGAUUGUAUACCCAUAAGAGGGAGGAGAAGGACUCCAUACUUAUUUAUUUCGACAGUGCUAUCUCUAGUGCCAUGGAUUAUGAUAGGUCUAAAUGCAUCACUGAGAUCGUCCAAAGUGCCACUCAUGUUUUUUUUAACAGUACAGAAUAUAGGCUCUGCCAUGGCUGAUGUUGUAGCUGAUGCAAUGAUUGCAGAAGCUGUUAGGUUUGAGAGGGCUGCAUUUGCUGGAGAUCUUCAGUCAAUUUCUUGGAUGUCCAUGGCCUUGGGAGGAAUCUUUGGGAGUUUAUUGGGAGGAUAUGUACUGAGUAACUUGCACAUUGAUGCCAUAUUUCUGCUGUUUGCCAUUCUUCCAGCUUUACAGCUUGUGUCUUGUGGUUUGGUUGAGGAGAGUCCUGCAAAUUCCAAAGAUUUAAGUGAAGAUUCGAAUUCGACAAGCUUGCAUAUGAGUAAUGGUGGUGAUAAUGCAGAAAAUGUGGACCAUCUAACUAAUGGUUUCUCCAAAACUAGCACUUCAAGGAGAAAGAAGAGCCAAAAAAACAGAAAGAAGGCAAUUUUGUCCAAUAACUCUCUGAAGCAAGUCAAGAAUAAGUCAUUAGCAUUACAAUGGUUUUACUCGUUGAAGACUGCCAGUUACAGUUUAUUCAAUGCUUUUAGGCAGCCUAUCAUUUUGAGACCCAUGGCUUGGUUUUUCUUGGCACACAUUACUUUCCCCAACAUUUCAACUGUGAUGUUCUACUAUCAGACUGAGUUGUUGAACUUGGAUGCGUCCUUCCUGGGAAAUGUACGAGUUGUGGGCUGGUUAGGCCUGAUGCUUGGAACUUCCAUUUACAAUAAGUACUUGAAGCGAAAGAAGUUACAAAAAACUCUUAUGUGGGCCCAGAUUGCAUUGUCUUUGCUAAUUCUCAUAGACAUGGUUUUAGUUUCUCGAGCAAAUAUUGCAUAUGGGAUUUCAGAUAAAAUACUGGUCUUAUGGGGGACUGCAGUUGCAGACGCAAUCAACCAGUUCAAGUUAAUGCCAUUUCUGAUUUUAUCAGGUCAGCUGUGUCCUCCAGGCAUUGAAGGGACCUUGUUUGCUCUAUUCAUGUCGAUAAAAAACUUUGGAUCCACCGUGGGCUCAUUUGUUGGUGCUUGGUUGGCAUCGAUUUUGAACAUUUCUUCGGGUUCUUUUGACAACCUUCAUCUUGGCAUUGUUAUUCAGUUCUUUUGUUCAUUCAUCCCCCUGGCAUUUCUCUUUCUGAUACCUAAGGACGCCACUGGCUUGUCCGCAUAGAUAGGUUACUUUAGAAACUUACUAUUCAAUACAGACUAUACAGUGAAGACAUCCAUCUUUGGUCUCUUAAUUUCGUUCUCACUGCCUUUUGUUAUCUCCCUUUUCACAGCUAGCACAGUAUAGAAAGAUCAUUGAUUAGAUUGUUGAGAGAUCACGAUAUACCAUAGAAAUUGUAGAGGUGUAGACUCAUAGCUCUGGCUUAGAGCUAGAUUUUUAUUCCUGGAAAUUUUGUAAAACGAUUAGUUGUAAACUAUGUAGCUGCGAGAAGUUGUAGCAUGACUGUCCUGCUUUCCACCGGAAUUCAAUUGAUUGCUUUAUCAGUGUUCAUGGA